ACAGAGUAUGAUACUGAGAUGAAAGAGGAUGAAACAAUUAUUCGGGAGGAAGGAAGAGGUGUCAUCUGAGACUUCAGAACACACACACACACUCUCGAAUCUCGAUCAUGAGACGUUACGUCGUCACUCUAUACAGUAAUCCCAUUUGAGAAGAAGUCUUCGCCGCCAUGCCAAGUCGCCAAAUCGCUUCUCCUCCUCCUCUUUCAACCUCCCAAUCGCCAUCUCCGCCCAUUCCCUCAGCGACCCAAUCCCUUAUCGCCGCCUUCUCCUUCCUCUCUAUCCUUGUCUUCCUCUUUCGCAAGAUCAUCUCCCGCAAGCGCACCACCGCCACCGCCCCCUCCGACUCCCGUCCCCUCCCCCAUCGCUUCUCCUACUCCGCCCUCCGCCGUGCUACCAACUCCUUCUCCCACCACCUCGGCCAGGGCGGUUUUGGCCCCGUCUUCUCCGGCUCCCUUCAUGGCAGGCCUCCCGUCCCCGUCGCCGUCAAGGUCAUGGAUUCUGGCUCCCUCCAGGGCGAGCGCGAGUUCCACAACGAGCUCUUCUUUGCAUCCAAGCUCCACUCCCCUCACGUCGUCCCCGUCCUCGGCUUCUCUUCCGACCGCAAACGACGCCGUAUGCUCCUCGUCUACGAACUCAUGCAGAACGGCAAUCUCCAGGACGCGCUUCUUCGCGCUAAACGGCCCCCCGAGCUUAUGGAUUGGAAGAGGCGGCUCUCUGUCGCUCUUGAUAUAGCCAGAGGGCUAGAGGAUCUACACGGUUUGGAUCCGCCCGUGAUUCAUGGCGAUAUUAAGCCUAGUAAUAUUCUGCUGGACCAGCAUUUUUCCGCCAAGAUUGGGGAUUUCGGACUUACCCGAUUGAAAUCAGAGAAUCAGAUUGCGAUGGACGUAGACGAUGGUCGUGGAUUAGAGGUGAAGAAGGGACAUGGUGGAGGUGGAGUGGAGGAUUGCGGAUCAGUGGUUGAGGAGACCGAGAGCGUGAUUACUAAUUUUGAGGAUUUAAACGGAGGUUUGGUUCAGUCACCGUCGCCAUCACCGGAGACUUUACUUCCGGAGACGGUUGUGGCGCCGGUAUCACCGAGUGUUUCUGAGGGGAAUUUCGAUAAACGUAGUGUUGAAGGUGGUAAAGAGUUGGUUGAUAUUGGUGGAAAGAGGAUCGGUAAAGGGAUGAAGAGUGCUUCGGGCAGAGAGUGGUGGUGGAAGCAGGAGAACGGUGAGGUGGAGAUUAAGAACGACUAUGUGAUGGAGUGGAUUGGGACGGAGAUAAAUAAAGAGAGGCCGACGAGCGAUUGGAUUGGUGCUUCUUCUGGUAGUGGAGCAAUAGCGAAGUCGGAGAAGAAGAAGAAGAAUCGGAGGCGAUUGGACUGGUGGGUGUCAAUGGAUGAGGAGAAGAACGCGAAAAAUUCAAAGCGGAGGCCGGCGAGGGAGUGGUGGAAGGAAGAGUAUUGCGAAGAUUUAGCUAGGAAGAAGAAGAAGAACAGCAGCAGCAGCAAGAAGAAAAAGAAGCAAAUGGGGGUGAGUAGCGAUGACAAUGGUGAUGAUUGGUGGCCGAGGGACGAGAGUUUGCAUGCUGAGAGAAAGAAGAGAGGGAGAAGCCGGAGUCAGAACAGUCGGGGUAGUAUGGAUAGGUGGUUGGCUGGACUGAGCGGAGAGUUACGGAGAGCUCGCCGCAAUAGUCACGAUUAUUCGUUUAGUGGGGAAAUUGCCAAGAGUGGUGGUAUUAGUAGUACUCCUAGUAUGAGGGGAACUGUUUGUUACGUUGCCCCUGAGUAUGGCUUGGGUGAGGAUAUCUCGGAGAAGUGUGAUGUAUAUAGCUAUGGUGUCGUAUUGCUCGUUCUGAUUUCUGGGCGCCGCCCACUUCAGCUGAUGAAUACGCCCAUUUCGGAGUUCCAACGCGCCAAUCUCUUGUCUUGGGCGCGUCAACUUGCCCGCGCCGGAAAGCUUCUUGAUUUGGUUGAUAAGUCAGUUCAGUUUUUGGAUCGAGAAGAAGCUCUCCUUUGCAUCACGGUUGCGUUGCUUUGUUUGCAGAAGAGGCCUGCUCGCCGGCCUUCCAUGAAAGAGGUUGUCGGGAUGCUGACUGGCCAGUCAGAACGGCCCCAACUGCCGGUUGAAUUAUCCCCCUCAACACCAUCCCGCUUUCCUUACAAGUCACAUAAGACAAUACGGUGAGCUUUUUAAAUGUUCGGUACGGGUUUUCAUUAACAGUUGUAUACUGCUAUAGAUGGUUGGUUCAUCAUUCUUUGUGCCUGUGGAUGAGAGGAGUGAAAAGAUUGAAAUGGAUUUUAUUUGCCCUCGGUUUUUAUACGGGUAGGGCCCUACCAACCCAAAACUUAUCUCAACUUUCUGUAUGCCAUAGUUCACAAGCAAAUCAAUACACCGACCCCGCUCGCCUUCCUCUUUACACAGGGUUUCCGGAAUGCCACGAGUAACUGGAUUAGCUUUUUAUGAAUACAAUGGCCCGUGCUUUGGCCACGAGUCCAUCUUUGUAAAUAUUCAUUAGAGCCCUUUGAAUCUAUCAUACCUUUCAUCCUUACUUGAUUUUGAUGUCUUUUCUCAUCCAAAAGAGAGAAAAAAACAUCAUUCGAGAAAUUAUGACCUGGGUAGUUGUCCUGUACUGUUCCCUACUUUUGGGAGUUGGGGGAGCUUUUCGCCAAUGUAACUUUAUUCCUUGUUCGAAAGGGAAUGAUGUUAAGAUCUUUCAAUAGUUUUUUUUUUUUUUGGCUAUGUAGAUAUAAGGAUUUAACCAUCCCAUGUGGAUGAUCGUGGUGCUUGCUAACAGGGUGAAAUUAAUUGAGAAUGUGUUUUGGUUUCGGUGUUUGUUUCUGCAACUUAUAAAAAAAGUAUUGGUUAAGGAUCAGUUGACAUUGAAGUAAUAGUUAGUCAAAUUCUGUAAACCAUAAAUCCAUGAAAGAGUUGAGAGAAACUGUUAAAGUACUGGCA